AUGAAUAAGUCAAAAUAUGGAACUUCUGAAAUAUUUUUAAAUAUAAUAGACCCAUCAGUUUUGCUAAGAGGAUUCAAGGUUAGAGGCUCAGUUCGACCACAUCUGACAAAACGAAGACUGCGCCAUGCUUGUGGCUCUAUAGGACCUCCACCCAAGCCCUCAGUCGUCCAGCCGAUCUCGUUCGUUCAUCAGGUUCCCGGUGAUAUUCGAUAUAAACAAGUACAGAUUCUGCAGAUCAAUACUAGAAUGAGUGAAGUGAAGUUGCUUGGCACUCAAUCAAGCUUUCCCUGUGCCAGGAUUAUAUGGGCUCUGAAACUUAAGGAGGUAGAGUAUGAAUUCAUUGAAGAAGACUUGUUUAACAAGAGUCCUCUCCUUCUAAAGAUGAAUCCCGUCUACAAGAAAGUCCCUGUGCUAAUACACGAUGACAAGCCGGUGGUUGAAUCACUUGUCAUCCUCGAAUACAUUGACGAGACGUGGAAACAUACCCCGUUAUUGCCUGAAGAUUCUUAUGAACGAGCGACGGCACGUUUCUGGGCUAAGUUUGUUGAUGAGAAGUGUGUCCUUAGCGCAUGGGAAGCUGUGAAGUCAGAAGGAGAAAAUAAGAAGAAGGCCAUUGACACCGCACAAGAAAUGUUUGAACAUUUGGAGAAACAGAUUGAAGGGAAGAAGUAUUUUGGGGGAGAGCAAAUAGGAUACCUGGAUCUAGUCAUCGGAUGGACAUCUCUAUGGCUCAAUGCCAUGGAAGAGGUUGGAGGAAUGAAACUGCUUGUUCCCGAGAAGUUCCCUUCACUGAGCGAAUGGACUCAGAACUUUAUCCAAGUUACUGCAAUCCGCGAAAGCUUGCCUCCGUCAGAAAAUGUUGUCAACUAUUUCCAAGGUGGCCUUGACUACUUGCGCUCCUUAUCUGCCAACAAAUCAUGA